AUGUUGUUCGUCGAGUGUGAAGGAACGCCGUACCAAAUUGGCUACCAGCAUGGCCAAGCUGCUAAACUACAGAUCAAUCGGAGCAUUGAGUUUUAUGCAUGCUUGUUUCUGAAGAAUUGCAAGCAAAGAUGGCCGCAGGUGCUUGAGCACGCUUUAGUGUUUGAGCAGCGAGCUAAAGAGCAAUGGCCAAUGUUUCACCAAGAGAUGCAGGGCAUUGCUGAUGGCUCCGGACGCGAUUUAUUAGACAUUGUGGCGUUGAAUGUUCGGACGGAAAUCAACUUUGGGCUAUUCAGCGAUGGAUGCACAUCGCUCUCAUGGCAUACCAAUGACCACGCAUGGCUGGCGCAAAACUGGGAUUGGAUGACGGAGCAGAAGCAAAACCUCAUUAUCACCAAGAUAACUCAGCCCAACAAGCCCACAAUAGUCCAGGUCACCGAGGCAGGCAUCAUUGGAAAGAUCGGCUUCAACAGCUCCGGUGUGGGUACUUUGUUCAACGCGAUAAAAGUAUACGGUGUAAAUUCAACUCGAAUGCCCGCUCACUUCGGCCUACGAAUGACUUUAGAGAGCAGAUCCGCGGGCGAAGCAGUCCAGGCUCUAGAAAGUUUCGGAAUGGCAUCUUCGGCCCAUAUCCUCAUAGCCGAUGCAACGACAGCUGUGGGCCUGGAGUUUACCAAAAGUACAUUCGCUCGCUUAUCGCCAGACUCCACUGGGAAAAUCGUUCAUACGAACCAUCUCCUUCUCGAACACCCCGGCGAAACCGAUACAGUGUGGCUAAAAGAUUCGUUGACUCGUUUUCAAACCAUGACUGAAAAUGCUGCGGCUUUGGGUAAAAACCCCAGCUGGGAACAAGUAGGUCAGCUGUUUGAAGAUGAACAAAACGCACCAGGUUCAAUAUGCAGGACUGAGACAGAGGAGACUGGAAGUGGAACGCUUUUCAAUAUUGUAAUGGAUUUGAAGAAUAGAAAGGCGACCGUGAGGAUGGGUAGACCAACAGAGGUAGAGGAAACGAUCAACCUGGAACUUUGA